AUGUCCCGAUCGCCCUCCGUGACUCCCUACGGAAAUGGUGACCUAAGCUCACCCGACCCCCUGGCAACCUCAGUCAACGAUGAAGCCUCACAUGGUAGCAUCACACUUGGCAGUCGCCAGCCCGCGUCGAAGCGGCAAUACUCAAGCACGGCAAUGAAGACCACAGGCAGACCUGCGAGUACAAACACCUUCAAAUACGAAGCAGCCCCCUCCUCUCCGUUUCGAACCGUUUCGGAACAGAAUUUGAGUCCCUGGAAGAUCAGGGUAACCGUGGAGGCAGAGCCAGAGGACGCCGACAUGGAAGGCAACGCGUCCCUAAUGAAGCCGAGAGCGCGCGCGACCCAAAGAUCCUUACAACACGAGUUCCCUGAGGAUGGAGGGCGAAAAACUUCUGCGAGAGGGAAAAACUCCAAUUCGCAUGCGACAAGGAGCAAGAGAAGCGAAACACCAGGUGUUGAUCGCAAGAAUUGCAGCCGCAGCAGGAGACAGAGCGUGACGGAUCUGGACAUAAUACCGCUGGGGGAUGAUUCGGAAGAGGAUGACUGGCUGAAACAGAAGAAAUCACCACGAAAGAGGAGAAAUUCUCGCAAGAGCGUUUCUGCGGCGGCGAGCUCAACGCAGGAGGCCUCUCCGUCAAAAUCUUCAAGGGCCAACCCCAGCGCUUCAAGAUUUGAGGUGCGACCAGAUACAGAUAUCGAAGACAAUGGUGACGUCGUCGAGCAAACGAACGUUCUGGCUGAAUCCCAGUCACCAGAACUCCGCAAGAUCAAUCCUAACCGAGUGUCAGUACGACCUCGUGCGCUGUCGACAAAGCCAAUCGUGGGAAAUGACUUCGAAAAUGAAGACUCGAUCGUGAACGAAAAGACGAGAAGUACAUCAGUGAAGCAGCAAAUAGCAGUUCGAAAGGUCUCCGUUAACAGCGCGCUGAGCUAUCCAACUCCCUCACCUACUUCCUCCUACCAUGGGGACUCUGACGACGUGGGGAAAGCUCUUGAUGAUGACGACGCUCCAAGGCGGCAUGAAAACGAAGCUUUUGAUACAAUACUGGAAAGUGAGGGUUUUACUAUGAUCGAUUUGGACACUUUACCCUCGGUGAGACGAGCUUUGAGUAGCCCUCUUGAUGUGGAACCACCCGCCAGCCUCCAUCCUUCGGACAUCAAUGAUCUGGAGACACUGUCGAGCGCUGAAUCUGGGGAGACAGGAAACGGUGAUGUCCCAGCUUCAAAUCCUGCCGCUCCGCUUCAGGCCGUCACAUAUCCUACCAUCAAGCCCGACGAGAGUGAGCUAUCAAGUACAGUUCCGUCUUCACCGCCAGCGUUGGAGAAGGACCAAGGUCUUCUAAAAGUCCCCUCCUCAUCAGUAUCUGUGGGUCGAAAAGUAACGCCACUACCAUAUUCAUCACCAAAGUUGCCGUCGCCACCGAGACCUAAAGUUCGAUGGACGCCGCAACAUCAACAUCGUGCGUCAGCUGGUGCCGUCUUUGCAGGCAUUGCGUUGCAAGAAGUAGUGUCACCAGAUCGUUCUGGCGAGAGAGCGCUGGCAGGAAAGCAGGACACAUUUUCAAACCAUCCCGGGCUGGAAGAAGAUGGAGCUCUAUUCGUGGGCUUUGAUUGCGGAACCCAACGCGAGCUCAGAGCUGGCCUCCGCUUUGGCGAGGAGCUCGCAAAGAGACUGACAUCGCCUCCCGAGAACCAAUCGGCUUCUUCCAAAGAUAAAGGCUCAGAAUCAAACGAGAUUUCGAAUGCGAAGGUGCCGGUCAAUCCCGAACAGCAUCCUCGUGCGCAGGUCUGGCGAGGUGAGAACCUGGUUCAGCAUACUCCAAUUCAUACGAGCAGCAGCAAAGGACGCAGUGGUGAAGGAUCUGUGGUACAUACGCCUCCAAAUCCCCCACGAGAGUAUACCGAGAAAUCAAUCCUCGAUACGCAAGCGAGGCGGGAACGCGAAUGGCAACUUGAGAGAGAAGCGGUGUCCAGGCAGAUCCAAAAUGCUAGUGAAAGUCAAGUCAUUGUGAUUGACAGCGACGAUGAGGAAGAACAGCCCACUCCAAGAGCAGAGAGACAAGAGUCAUCGCAUCUUAAUCUCGAAGUCGAAGCAGAUGAUGAAACAGACAUCUGGCUCGCCGAGGCCAAGAAUUCAUCAAGUCCAGGGUCAGCCGUUCAGUCCAAUACCGAGAGCCUCUUCACCCACACUGAGCAAGUCAGGCAACGACAACGGGCUCAAGAAGUUAUCAACAGACCUCGAAGAAGCCUGAUACCAAGUCCCUGGAAGAGAGGCGAGAAUGUUGAUGCUCCACAAGAACAAAGCACAUUGCUAUCUGGUAUUGAUGAUGUGAGUAGCUUGAUGUUUUACAAUGAGCCUCAAAGCAAGAUUCGGUUUGGCGCUGGUGAGAUCAAGAGACAGCAAUUGAGACUCAGGAGGAACAGUGGAAAAUUCGAUAUCGAUCUGAUGGCCGGCACACCAAGGGGGAAACCCGCUGAACAUGGAAUCGUGGAUAGCGAAGAUAUGGUUGUCUCCGAGGAAGAAGAGCUAGAAGAAGACGCUCCGGUCGCGCUUGACCAGUCAACUCCUACAGCUGAGGCUGAAGCACCAACGGCGCAUGACGAGCUGGACGAGGUUGUCGACUUAGCAAACGAGAUUUCCCAGUCAUCGGGAUCUCCCUACUCUUCUCCACAACCUGUCAAGAUCCCGGUCAAUUUCAACGAUUCCUCGAUAUCCAUAUCGACGCCACCUCCUAGGCCCAACCAAUUCCAAGCAAAGCCAUUCGAUGGCGACGCAGGGAGAGAGGACUCUCCAGCCCGGCCACCGACACCUCGCUCUGCAAUGAAAGGUUCUCGCUAUAGCUUCAAUCAGGGAUUGGGCAUUGUAAAACCCGAUGCCACAGACAUGAUCAGGAAAGUCGUCUUUAGCCAGAGAUCCCGGGGAGUGGACAUUGAUGGGCAGGAAAGCAGCUUCAGCAUGCGAUCUUCGACUGACGACUCUUUUGAGGAUUCUGUUGGGGUACAAUUGCACCGAGAAUUGCAAUUGUUUGAAACCGAAACGAGGCAAACUGAUGACGGCCCGCCAGCUGUUGUUGAGGGGGACUUGGAAACUCAGCGGAAAGUGAGCGUUAGGACUGAGGCGAAAGACGAACCGUCAGUUACCAACCCAAGCAAAGGUUGGCCUAGUUGGAUCUGGAGAUCAAACCAAACUUCGGAUCGCGACUCACAGACUCAGGGAUGGCACAAUACCGACGGACCAGGAGUGCCGAUUAAGCCAACAAUGUCCUCAAGCGUUUCCGACAAAAGUCAAGACCAGUCUCAAAGCUCAGGUUGGGAGAGGACGAAAGCCUCAAUCUCUUCAUCGACUAAAACUUCCGAGAAGGCCGAAGCAAAGUCGCAACCCAUUCCGUCAUACCUCAUUCCACCGUCGUACCCAUCUGACCCUCUCCGCUCCAGUAAGAGGCCACUGGCUCUGAGUGGUGCCUUCUCAAACACCCACUUUCGCACCCUCCACAUCAUUUACAGGAAGUCACUCCGUCCCAAAUUCCAUGCACCGCCUCACGCGAUGAUACGUCCUGAAGUUCGAGCACUGAAGGGGACGGAGAUGGUGAUCGACGAAAGUGCGAAUGGACUCGUUAAGGGCGAGUUUGCAUGGACGGUAGGCGACGGCGAGUCCGAGGUUCUCGAGAGGUUUAUGCAGGAAUGCGAAUAUAGCCACGGUUGGUACAAAGGCAGGCAAAUAAGAGCAGACGCGGCGGAGAUCAAAUGGGGGUGGAGCGUGGAGCAGUUGGCUGAAUGGCUCUGUCGGAUUGUGGUUGGCGAGGUCGUGAGGGAGGAGGAGAAGAAGGCGAAGGGUCGAUAG